CCCCGCUCGCUUUGUGCAGCUCCCUGCUCGCCGCGCUCGCUGCCCGCCCGGCUCCUGCUCGGCACCGCCCGGCCCGGCUCGGCUCAGCACGCCCGGAGCAGCGGGGAGCGCCGGCCCCAGCCCCGCUCCACCCGGCUCUGCCCUGCGCUGCCCCGCUCCGGCCCGGAGAGCUCAGCCAUGGAGGCGGUGCUGAUCGUCCUGUGCUCCCUGCUGGUGUCGGCAGCUGCAGUGGAUGUGGGCGCCCAAGAGCAGAAGGAAGACCCCUUUCACUAUGAUUACCAAAGCCUGCGGAUUGGUGGGCUGGUGUUUGCCGUGGUCCUGUUCACUGUCGGCAUCCUCCUCAUACUCAGCAGGAGGUGCAGGUGCAGUUUUCACCAGAAGCCCAGAGCUCCGGGGGAUGAAGAGGCUCAGGGUGAGAACCUGAUCACCUCGAAUGCAACGGGAGCGCAGAAAGCAGAGAACUGAACCAGAGCCAUGCAACCCAGAGACCUGAGGACAGAUGCUCGGACCGCAGGUGCCAGCGGCCUGCCAGGAAACUGAACCCGCAGCAACAGGUCCCUUGGAGGAGAUGCAAAGCUGCUGUGUCUGUGUUACCCUCUGUACUUCAACACCGGUUCUCUAUCCACUAACCCGACUUAACUCCACUCACUGUCCUCUCUGCCUCCAGUGCUGUGUAUGUUAAUGUAAGGUGACCAUUACCUCUAGGGCUAGUUGUUGCUGAUGUUGUAAUAGUGACUCUCUCCUCACCUUCCUCGUGCUGUGAGUGUGAUGUGGGCUGGGCAUGGCGGACCCCUGGCUUGCCCGGGGUCCUGUGGGGACUGGGGAGGGGGUGAAUGGCAUCAUGGGUGUUUGUGAAGCACCGUGUGCCUCCGUGGUGCUGCAUCAAUUCCCCUGCUCCCUCCCAGCCCUGGCAAUGGAAGCUGCAGGGCACAGACAGCCCUGGCUGUGGUGCAUGCAGCUUACUGCAGCCUGGGCACCGUGGCCCUUAGGAAAUUGCUGAGUGCCUACACAUGCAUGUACAUGGUGGGGCUGGGACCAAGCACACGUGGCUCCCUCCAGCUGGCUUGCUGGCACAGACCAGCAGCAUUCCGGGGGCUUUUCCAUCUGUUCUGGGACUGCAGCCGGCCAUAGUGUGGCCAGGAGAGAAAGGGAGCACAGCCUGUUCAGCAAUAAUCCCCCUGGCCCCAAACCCAGGGCAGGGCUGUGCCGGGUGCCCCACAGUGCUGGGCUCAGGGCUGCAGGGACCCCCUGCCACAGCCCCCAUCUCCUCCGCUCGGCGCUCCUCAGUUCCAUCCCAGCACGCCGUGCUGCAUUAAAUGGGACAAAAUGCAGAGAGGGCUGUGAAAUCCCGUGUCACUGUGAACGAGGAUGGCUGUGCAGUGGUGACCCCACCAACCAGCACCAACCGCUCCUCACCGAUGCUCCGUGUGCUGCUGGGGUGGAGCUGAACAGAACACACGCUGAGCUCAGCCCCUGUCCUUGUCACCUCCAGUGGGAAGGGGCAGGGAUAUUUCCUCCCAGUGCCCACCCUAUGUCCGUGUCCCCCAGUGGCUGUGUGUUGUCACCCCUCAUGCUCGCAGCCCCAGGACUCAGUAGCAGCAGGGAACGAUGCUCAGAGCACUGCAUGCCCACUGGCACCGUGGGCUCAGGUCACCCCCCGUGUCCAGGAGCCCUCUGCUCCUGGUGGCUUCUCCAAGUCCAUGCAGAGCCUCACUGGGAACCUGCGGCUUUGCUGGCGUGGGAGCAAGACUCUCUGCAUCCUGGAAGCUGUGAGAGGGGUCCUGUGUACUGUGUCCCUCCCUCCCGGCUGUCACCACUCCAUCUGUCCCUGGGCACAGCCCCCCGUGCCCUGCAGCCCAGUGCGUCGCUGUGUGCGUGUCCCGGUGUCGGUGUUGGAGUGCCUGUGGUGUCUGUGGCGUUCUGUUGGUGUUAACACUAAACAAAGAAAACCCCGUGGUUGUGUAGAAACAGCCAGACCUUGACUGUUGUACAAUAAACAGAGCUAUAGUGUUUCCUUUUAAA